UCUAGCUGCUGCACGUCGCUCGUUGCGGCGAAUAGCCGGUAUCGCUCGGGAGGAGGGUCUAGGUCUGGUCUAGAGCUUCGUGGGGGUUUCGAUUUCCUAACGUCCAAAACACUCGACCUCGGGUUGCAAAAGGGGAAAAUGUAUGGUGUGUGAAUGAUGGAGGAGGCUAUCACUAGCACGGCUGGAGGCGAACGGCAAGGCUUCGAGCUUUGAGGUGCCUUGGCAGAUGUCGUGUGCCCUCGGAGCUUGUGGAAGAUUCGAUACAGCCUAUGACGCAGUGCAGUGAUCGGGGGAAUUCACAGAUUCUCGCUUGGGUUGUCAAAGCGGGCUUGAGGCUCACUUCUACAACCAAAGUUGGAGGGGUCGUUUUAAAUUCAGAGGUUAAAGCCCCGUAUCAUGGUAAAUACUGUAUAACAAGGUGCUUUGUAAAGAUUUCGAGGACAUGUCUUGUUCUUCAGGCCAUCAAAGCCAUAACGUUACCCCGUUUGUCUUGUCGCUCUUGCCCCUCGGCACCCCACGAAGGCGGUGAAUCAGGAAGGGCCAUCCUGUUGGGUGGGGGUGGGGAAUUAGUGGGGCCUUCACGUGCCUUCAGAGCUUGGCUCCCCUGGACCCCUCUCGUGCCCGCCCAGCGAAGGGACCGAGGGCAUUCCUCGAACCGAGUCUCAUGUUUACUUUGCAAGUACCACUCUUUGAUCCCUAAUUAUAGCCUCCUUCUCCCCAUGAUCUCUGCUCUAUGUUCCAUUCUGUCGUCAUUUUACCGUGUUUUAUUUGUUUUUCUCUGAUUGCACUCCUGUUAUUCUAGGCAUACCUAUCCUGGGGUGACGCAGAGGGUUGGAUCGUGGGGCCCGAGGGCUGCUGGGCGGUUGCGGCGGAAGCCUCCGCACGACGGUCCUGGAAGCGAUAGCCGGCGGCAACGGGACUGGCUCGUAGAUGUUGACAGUCAAACUAACCGCCGACG